AUGUCGCGCCGGGCACAGAAGGAAUUAGUCAUAGAUGGCAAAGGCCAUCUCCUCGGCCGCUUGGCGGCUGUGGUGGCCAAGCAGCUCCUCCUGGGUCGUAAGGUGGUUGUUGUCCGCUGCGAGCAGAUGAACAUGUCCGGAAACUUCUUCAGGGCUAAGCUGAAGUACCUUUCGUUCCUGCGCAAGCGUUGUAAUGUCAACCCUGCUCGAGGUCCUUUCCACUACCGUGCCCCCAGAGAAAUUUUCUGGAGGACAGUUAGAGGUAUGCUGCCCCACUACACAUCCAGAGGUGCUAGGGCUUCCCACAGACUCUUCUGUUAUGAAGGUAUCCCCAACCCCUACGACCAGAGGAACCGUGUUGUUGUCCCCUCUGCUCUUAGGAUCCUGUGUCUGAAGCCAGGCCAGAAGUACUGCGCUGUUGGCCGUCUUUCACAUGAGGUUGGCUGGAAGUAUGGACACAUCGUACGUGCUCUUGAAUCUAAGCGUAAGCUGAAGGCUGUUGUGAACAUUCGUAAGAAGAACAUCAUGAGGAAAUUCACCGCUGAGGCUGGCAAGCGUAUCGAGCCCCUAGCUGCUAAAGACACGGCUGUCAUCAACUCCUAUGGAUACCAUUAAAUAAUAAUGUACUCUCCAGUAA